AUGCUGUAUAUGCAGGCGGUCAAGUACAACAAGGUUCGCUCGCUUGUAUGUGACCCCCAAACACUCGAGUGGAAUCCAGCUGACCUAAGAGUUUCAUCAGUGCGAUCAUCAAAGUUUGGAGUCCGGUUGGUGACUACUUAUGCCAGACUAAGAAGCGCCGCAGCCGCUCAAACUAUCCUCUUUGACAAGACUGGUACUCUUACACAUGGUGACCUGAAAGUCACACAUGCCAGCUUCUCCGAGGAGUGGGGUUCAUCACAGACGCAAGACAUUUUGUGGAGGGCUGUGCAGGAGAUUGAAGCCGGGAACACUCACCCGGUUGCCCGAGCGCUCUUACAAGAGAGUCCCUCAAAGCUAGAAGAGAAGGUCGAGUGGUUAACUACAUUGAUGGUAUCCGAAAUCAAGCACGAACUUGGUCGCGGCGCCCAAGCGGUUGUGACAGCCAUUCAACCCGGCUCGAGUUCCACCUCUUGGAAGUUGGCAAUCGGAAGCCGCGCAUACAUCGAAAGUCUAGGAGUUUCCGUCGACCUCAGUCAAACGCCUGUGAAGAUCAGAACCGGGAUCACAACGACUGUUGUGCUAGCCAUGGAUGGCAAGCAAGCUGCCGUCUUUGUACUCGAAGACAAAGUUCGCUCUGAUGCUCACCAAGUUAUACGACAACUCAAAGACUUGGGUCUAACUAUCGGGAUGAUUACAGGCGAUAACGCUGCUUCAGCUACCUCUGUCGCUCGCGAAGUAGGCAUUGAUUCAGACAUGGUAUUCGCCAAUGCCCUCCCAGAAGAGAAAUGUCGAACUUUGGCCCGAUUUCUCCAGCGCGGACCGGCUAUAUACGUCGGUGACAACUACAACGACAUUUUGUGCUUUGCAUCGGCGUCGUUUAGUAUUUGUGUCGUGGGCUCGGACAUGAAGUCUUUCGACGAUGACUGUGCUGAUGCGACGUUGAUAUCGUCUGAGACUCCCCCGCUGAGUCGCAUUCCGUUGAUGAUACUCUUGGCGCGGCGUAUGAGCGGCAUCGUGACGCAGAACCAUUGUUGGGCUGUUGUUUACAAUAUCCUAUCUGUGGUCAGCGUGCUAGGUAUGGGUGGAAUAGGACCGCCUUCUCCGUAA